CUGAAACGAGUGAAAAUGUUCGAUGAAUCAGGAAUUCGACUGGGACUCGAAGACCAAUUCGAUGAUUUUGAGCUCUUUCUUCUGGGGCUACAUAGUGACGCAAUUGCCAAGCGGCUACAUCGCCAACACGCGGAGUGCUCAGAAGCUGCUCUCCUGUGGUGUGCUAGUGUCCUCUUUGUUGAACUUGUUGAUACCGGUGUUGGCUGUUCGCUACGGAUGGACAGCCGUCGUUUGUUGCAGAGUCGCGACGGGCCUGACGCAGGGAUGUCUCUUCCCUUGUGUUCAGACGCUUAUGUCCAAGUGGGUACCACCUGCUGAAAGAGCGAGAUUAGGCUCAUUCGUCAUGAACGCCGGAACAUUCGGCACGGUAAUAACGAUGCCGCUGACAGGUGCGCUCUGCGCCUCUCGAUUCGGCUGGCCGAGCGCUUUCUACAUCUUCGGCGUUUGCGGCAUCGCCUGGGCAGUGCUAUUUUUCUACAUGGGCUCGGACAUGCCGUCCGAGCAUCCGACCAUCUGUCCCAACGAGAUGCGUUACAUCGACGGUAGCCUCGGAAAACUGGACAAGACUUCUGCAGAAUCCGUAGAACCACCUCUACGUGUACGCAUAGUAAAAAUAGAUUUCGACCAGCUGGCAUUGAUAUUACACGGACUUAAUGUUGUUUUUCUCUUCAGAAAGCACGUGUCCCCUGGUGGUCGAUUCUGA